CUCUGAACGCAUUGUGUGGUAGUGUGGAUGACUUUGAGUGUGGCAACGGGGAUUGCAUCAACUACAGCCUAACCUGUGAUGGCAUGGCCCACUGCAAGGACAAGUCAGACGAGAAACAGUCCUACUGCGCGAACCGUCUGUGUAAGAAAGGCUACAGGCGAUGUAUCAAUGGACGCUGUAUCGGCCACAUGUUUUGGUGUGACGGGACUGACGACUGUGGAGAUCACUCAGACGAGCUGCCCUGCAACAUGACUCUCUGCAAAGCUGCCGAGUUCCGGUGUCGAGAUGGAAGCUGCAUCUCCAACUCCAGCCGCUGUGACCAGGUGGUCAACUGUGAGGACGCCAGUGAUGAGAUGAACUGCUUGCCAACUGACUGCUCUCGCUAUUUCCGUCUGGGGGUGAAGGGGGCGCCCUUCCAGAGCUGUGAGAGGACCACACUGUGCUAUCUGCCUUCCUGGAAAUGUGACGGUAAUAACGACUGUGGAGACUUCUCAGACGAGAGGAACUGCCCAGACAAGAAGAAGCUGAAGUGCCCAGUGAACUUCUUUGCGUGCCCCAGUGGUCGCUGUAUCCCUAUGAGCUGGACCUGUGACAAGGAGAACGACUGUGAGAACGGCGCUGACGAGACCCACUGUGGUCAGUCUACUUGCCCUAUAAUUUUCUGUACGUCCACUGAGUUUGAGUGUGGGAACCAUCGCUGUAUCUCUAACCACUGGGUGUGUGACGGUGCCAACGACUGUGGUGACAAAUCUGACGAGGACGACAGAUGCAUGUACAACAGCACCUGUGAUGAGAAUGAGUUCAUGUGUCAGAACAGACAUUGUAUCCCCAAACACUUUGUGUGUGACCAUGACAUGGACUGCUCUGACGGAUCAGACGAGUCCCCAGAGUGUG